UACAUGAGAAGCACGGGUGUAGUACUAUACUCUAGUAACGAAAUAUUCGACCAACCAAUCUUGACCAAAAAUAGUUUAAGAUAUCCACAGCUAGAGAGCAACAAAGCUUGUUCAUGGCUUCCAUCAAAGUGAUAUCCACAACAACAGUUCAAGCACCAAUUGACCACAAUAAUCUCAACUCAAGAAGUGAUUAUCGAAUAAUCGAUUUAACACCAUGGGAUCUCCAAUUUCUCUUAGUUGAAACCAUUCAAAAAGGCAUUCUUUUCCACCAAACCAUUCCAAACCAAAACCAAAUCAACCAUUUGAAACAAACACUUUCCACAACACUUUCCUAUUUCCCACCCUUAACAGGCCGUCUUAUAAUCACCCAACACAAUGUGACCACAAACAACAACACAUCAUGUUCCAUCAUUUGCAACAACAUUGGUGCUCUCUUCAUCCACGCCAAAGCGGAAAACACAACCGUAUCAGACAUCCUUAAACCAAACUAUGUUCCUUCUAUAGUUCACUCAUUUUUCCCACUUAACGGAGUUAAAAACUACGAAGCCACUUCACAACCAAUUCUAGGAGUUCAAGUAACGGAGUUAGCUAAUGGCAUCUUCAUUGGUUUGACUCUCAACCACGUUGUUUGUGACGGCAAGAUGUUUUGGCAUUUCAUCAAUACUUGGUCACAAAUCUCAAAAAACUUCCAGAGUAUACCAAAACUCCCUUCAUUUCAACGUUGGUUCCCAAACGAAGUUGAACUUCCAAUACGCUUUCCUUUCACAAAAACCGAAUCACAACGUAGAAAACCUCCGCAGAACUUACCUGAAAGAAUUUUCCAUUUUACAAAGGAGAAAAUUGCGGAACUGAAAUCAAAAGCAAAUGAAGAAACCAAAACAAAGAAUGUUCAAACGAAAAUAUCUUCGCUUCAAGCGUUGUUAUCUCAUGUAUGGCGAUGUGUUGUUCGAAGCAAAAAACUCGAUCCAGAAGAAGAUUUUCGUUACGUUUUAGUUAUAGGUGUUAGACCAAGGAUGACUCCUCCACUUGACGAGGAUUAUUUUGGAAAUGCAGGGAUCAUUGGUAGUGUAACAAUGAAAGCAGGGGAGAUUCUGGAAUGUGGGAUAGGAAAAUGUUCAUUGGAGAUGAACAAGAUGAUUAUGUUACGUUCUGAUGAGAAAAUAAGGGAUGAUUAUGAGUGUUGGUUGAAAAUGCCAAAGUUGUUUGGGAUUAAUAGUUUGGCAGGUGCUAAUUCAUUGGCUACGAGUAGUUCUCCAAGGUUUGAUGUUUAUGAUAAUGAUUUUGGUUGGGGGAAGCCUGUAGGGGUUCGAAGCGGGGGUGCGAAUAAAAGUAAUGGGAAGAUUACUGUGUUUGCUGGAGCUGACGAAGGUAGCAUUGAUAUUGAAGUUUGUCUUUCUUAUGAGAUUUUGGAGGCUUUGGGAAAUGAUGCUGAGUUCAUGGUUCCUAGUUCUACUUAAUGUGACUUGUAAAUUUUGUUAUAAUUAUCUUGUUUGACACUUGAAUUACAAUUCUUGUUUUGAGCUUGUUCUAAUGAUGUAAUGGUGUAACUGCAUUUAUGUUUAUUGAGUUGCUAUUUACAUUUUUUCUGGUCUGAAAUUGUUUAGGAUAUGCUUGUUUGAACAAUAAUUAAGGAUAUGUUACAUUGCUGUUUCAA